AUGCCUCAGUCGCUUGCUGAUGACUACAUCGAACAUAUAUACGUCAUGGGGGCCAGUCCUGCUCCGUCUUUGCAAGAGGUGUUGAAGUUCCAGGACCCUUCGAGCGCGUUGAGGCAGUUGCAGGAGAUCCUGGAGGGCACUUACAAGGCGAGGGCCGGCAGCGGGCUGGACGGGUUUGUCUCGGGGCGGGACUACACGUUUACCGCGCGGUGCGAGGCGGGCGGAGCAGACGCGCAGCUGGAUCUGCUGGAGGCCCAGUUGGAGAUAGGCGACCCGCAGUACAGGCUGGACGGUCUGCUGGAGCUUCCGGGCGAGUGGGCAGGGAGCGAGCUGGGACCGUCGUCUCCGCGGUUCCUGCAGGCUCAGGACGAGGUCGAGGAGGAGGAGGAGGACGAGAGGGCUAGCCGCUCGCUGCCAACGCCCGGCGCGUCGCUCGUGGAGCAGCUGCAGAUGGACCAACCGCUCAUGCAGGUGAUCGCAAACAAACACAAGCGCGGCUACUACAGGUGCACGCAUUGUCCACAGACUUUUUCUAACAUUUUCGACUACGCGGCGCACAUGGACGAGUUCGACAUCAAGCGAGAGUUCAAGUGUCCCUUUGCGCUGUGUCCCUGGAAGAUCCUGGGGUUGCCGCGCAGACCGGACCUGAGAAGGCACUGUGCGAUACAGCACAAGCACGAGUUGCCGGACGAUCUGAAGCAGACGCUGAACUUGAACGACGAGACGUAUCCGGCGCUCAAGUGUCCCCACCAGUACUGCGACAAGGUGUUCCAUCGGCGCGACGCGUACAACAGACACAUCUCGAUCGUUCACGAGAAACUGGGCUCGCGGUUCAACAAGAGGCUUUUCCAGAUACUCGCGGAGUGCCCUUAUGAUAAAGAGACUGACCGCCACGCAUUCGUCAAGAGCAGGAUGCGGAGCAGAAAGACAAAUUGUAAUAAUAGGAAAACGACAACCCCGCAGCAGUAA